AGAGUAAAAUGGAUAGUUUUCAUAAAAUAUUGGGGUAGGAGUAUGAGUGUGGGGUAUAAAGUAAAACUUUCCCUUUCUUAUCGUGUCCUGACCAAGUAUAAAAUCUCGUGGACUUCAAUCCCAAUUCUUGUUUUUGGCUGGGCGUCUAUGUAUGGGCCUGAAUGUUCUUUUUUUUCACAUUGAUUUUGGGCCAAAUUUGGCUUCUUCAUUUUCCAAUUGCUGAGUGGAAUCAAUCAUUUAAUUGUUAAAUUUGCCUCCCAAACCGGAGAGAAAAUGAGAAAUCAACGCAUAUUAAAGUUGUUUCUGACCUUGUAGUGACAAAGAUUCUUAGACACAUGCACACAUGCACUAACUGAACAAAUAGCCUUAUUGUUAUCGAAUGGAAUCAGAAUGACCCAAGUCAAACUUUUUGAGUCUUUCUUCACUUUGGAGUCCCAGGUUGGGACCCAAACCUGAGCAUGCUUGUUCUUUGUGGAAAGCAACCAUCAUUGAACUUGGUGCUGCAUUUACAUCUAUAAUCAGUUUUCUAUUCUAACGAAAAUAAAGCAACAAGACCAAAAACAGUUCUACAUAGUUCUUUCCAAAAACAUGAUCUGGGUGUUGAUUGUCACCUUGUGUUUCUGCUCCUUGACACAUGGCUCGAACAAUACUGCCAGUGAAUCAUUGAAUUCUUUGGUUCAAGAUUUUGCUUUCAGGUCACUGGCGAAACAUCACCGAUCUCAAACUGGUUCUCUAUACGAUGCUCUUCUCCCGCAGAACCUCUCUGGUAUGGAUGUUUCAGUAGUACGUCUUAGAAGCCGAAGGCUCUGGAACAAAGGUGCUAACUUUAGCUACUUUCAGAUCCCACCGAGAACCGUGUCUAUCCCCCAUGUCAGGAGGUUGGCUAUUGUGUACCAGAACUUAGGUAACUGGUCUUCCCACUACUAUAAUUUGCCAGGUUACUCACUCAUCUCUUCUGUUGUCGGCUUCAUGGUUUUUGAUGCAUCAAAUGUUAGGGAUAAGAGUUUCAGAAACCUCAAUCUAAACACAAUGGGGCAACCUAUAUCUAUUCAAUUCCCAACUGUAACUUUUAUGAGUGACAUUAACUCAAGGGCUAGAUGUGUGGCUUUCAAUGGGAAUGGAACAUUUCAACUCACUGAGAUGAGCUACCCUGGCGUAUGCCACUCAAAAAACCAGGGUCAUUUUUCAGUUGUUCUCCCAUUAGAGAAGAAGAGGCGGCGGUGGUAUACGUGGGUGAUUGGGUGUGUGAUUGGAUUUUUUGGAUUGAUAACAUUGGCUUGUGUGGGAUUUUCAUCCAUGAGACUUCUCAAGACCAAAAAGAUUCAAGACACGGAGAAACACACUAUUGAAGAUAUGGUUCUUGAAAGCAGAUGGGUUGGCAAUAGUAAAAUGCCUUCCGCAGCUGUGACAAGAACUCAGCCAGUUCUUGAGACCAUUGCUCCGUAAAUCAUCUCAUUUUCUUGAAUGUCAUAAUUUCUUCAAUUAACCUUGUCACUUUGAUAUUAGUCUUUUGUCAGUGCAUAUGUUACAAGGUUCGAUCCUUCUGUGCAAUGAAGAAAACAUUUUUAUAUAGGCAGAUAUUAGUGGGUUAUGUUAGUUUAUAGAGUUUAAACUUUGGAUCUUCUUAUUAGCUCUCCUUAGGCGUCCCUCUACUCACCAAUUGAGCUAUUUGCUUAGGACCAAUGAAUAAAGCAUUUGUAUUUUGAUCAUCAAUGAUGGACUGCAUUUCCUAGAUAUUUCAAGAAUGUUUUAUUA